GGCCUUCGCUUGAUCCCGCGUCGAUUGUCUUUCUCCCUCUUCUUUGCCUCUGGUUUCGGCGGUUGUCCGGCGCCUCUCGCUCGCCGGAGCUUCGCGGCUUCGGCCGCGUCGCCUUUUGUCGUCCGGCAUGCGUUCCCCGCUGCUGGGGAGGGCUCGGUGGAGUGAGGAAACGAGGAGUUUUGAUCGUCGCCGUGCUUCUGGAAUUGCGCUUGAUCAUGUCGAAUUGUGGGAGUGUAGUCUCGACAUGCGCGCAGAGAAAUUGCAUUUGAAUGAGAGUUUAGAUCCGACAGCGAAGUCCCGCUUCAUGAGUCUUGAUGGUGAAGAUUUUUUUUUUUUUUUCGGCAGAAGGAGGAGCAUUAGGAAGUCGGUGGCCUUAGGCGGGGGAUUGCCUAGCUAAGUGUCAUGGAAAACUGCAUGAUAAGAUUUCAUAGAUAUUCGCGUUUACAUAGUGCUUCGGUCUAGUUCAGCCCUGUUCUGCGCUUGCCAUGGUGGCCAAGGUGUAAACGCUAAAAUCGGUUUUUCUGCGCAAAUUCUUGAUAAUGAUAUUUGAUCCUGUUAGCUCUCAGUCUUUGUCUGUGAUUAUGGCUUGGUUAGCAUUGAUUUCCUCCGCAUGUUAAACUGAUGAUAUCAGUGUGUCCGCCUGUGUUUACUAGUUUUCUUACUCAGAAUGUGCAUUUGAUGUUUAUCCUCACAUCCAUACCUUAAUCAGCUUUUAAGGUAGUCGUCUUGUUUAAUUAGCAGCUUCCAUUUUUUGGGGUAGUCACUUGUCGAAGGAUCCUCGGGUCGACCAAGCUCGAGAAUACAAAGUUAUGGAUGGAAAUGCAGCUGGUGAAGGGGACGAUAAUGUUGACUGGAACACUGAAGAUGAGCUUGAGGUUGAGAAUUAUGCGGCAUCUUCUUCUUCAUGUUUGGCUCGUCCCAGUGGAGAUGCUGCUUCAGGCUCUGGAGAGGCGAGCUCGUCGGCAAGUACAUCCCAUUCCAAGUUGUUUUGUGAAUUUGUGGUGAUGGGCUUUUCAGAGAAAUUGGUUACAAAGGCUAUUGAUGAAAUCGGAGAGGGAAAUCCUGAUGCAAUACUGGAAUCUCUCCUGACAUAUAAGGUUCUAGAAAACUCUCCUCAAGAGCAAGAUAUUGAUGAAUCUGCUGUUGUCAAAGAGGAAGUUAUGGAUUCUGAUCACUUAUCUUCUGACUAUGAGGGGAGCUUUUUGGAAGAUUCUUCAGAUGAUGAUAGUUAUUCUGAAAGCGAGGAAGUCAUCAAUCCUUCGUCUGAAGAUAAGAAAUUGUUGUUCUUGACAGAUAUGGGGUACACAGUGGAAGAAGCUUCCAUUGCCAUAGAAAGAUGUGGUCCUGAUGCCUCAGUAGCUGAGCUGGCAGAUUUCAUAUGUGCUGCUCAGAUGUCAAAGGAAGCAGAUGCCCUUCUUGGACCUGAAGAGAAGCCCAGACUGCUCAAUAACUUUACAAAGCACAAGAAGAGGAAACAUUCUAAUUGUGAUGCUUGGAGCAAGAAAAGAAGAGGCGAGAAAAAGCUCUUGCAUGGAGAUGAGGAGCCGAUUCGUCUCCCAAAUCCCAUGGUCGGGUUUGGGGUACCCGCGGAGACGAGAACAAUAGUUCCCCGAACACUUCCAGAGGCAGCUAUUGGACCUCCCUACUUUUACUAUGAAAACGUAGCACUUGCUCCCAAGGGAGUUUGGGACACCAUUUCUCGGUUCUUAUAUGAUGUGGAACCAGAAUUUGUAGACUCGAAGUACUUCUGUGCUACUGCAAGAAAAAGGGGCUAUGUCCAUAACCUGCCUAUCAAUGACAGGUUUCCUCUUCUUCCACUCCCUCCAGGCAUGAUUCAUGAAGCAUUGCCGUUGACGAAGAAGUGGUGGCCUUCAUGGGACACAAGGACGAAGCUGAAUUGCUUACAAACAUGCAUUGGCAGUGCAAAGCUUACAGAGAGGAUCAGAAAGGCCCUUGAACAUCAUGAUGGCGAGUCAGAGCCUCCUCCGAGGAUCCAAAAGUAUGUCCUUGAUGAAUGCCGCAAGUGGAACCUCGUCUGGGUGGGAAGAAACAAGCUGGCUCCGUUGGAGCCUGAUGAAGUGGAAAUGCUUUUGGGUUUCCCAAAAAAUCACACCAGGGGAGGUGGGAUUAGCAGAACCGAUAGAUACAAAUCGCUGGGCAAUUCCUUCCAGGUUGAUACUGUGGCUUAUCAUCUCUCCGUCCUGAAGGAAUUGUUCCCUGCUGGAAUCAACCUCCUCUCUCUCUUCUCAGGAAUUGGUGGCGCAGAAGUUGCUCUUCAUCGGCUUGGAAUCCCGCUAAAAAACGUGGUCUCCGUGGAAAUAUCUGAAGUCAACAGAAAUAUCAUGAGGAGUUGGUGGGAGCAAACGAACCAGAAGGGCAAUUUGACCCACCUAACUGAUGUUCAACAGUUGAAUGGGGAUAGGCUGGAGCAGCUUAUGAACUCCUUUGGCGGGUUCGAUCUCAUCAUUGGCGGAAGCCCAUGCAACAAUCUCGCCGGCAGUAACAGGCACAGCAGGGAUGGGCUGGAAGGCAAGGAGUCCUCGCUUUUCUAUGAUUAUUUUCGGAUUUUGGAUCUGGUCAAGUGCAUCAUGUCCAAAGGCCACUGAUUGAUGAUGUAAAGCACCUGACUGAACAACAGUUAACCAAUUUUUAGGCGGGUUUUAGUUCUUCUCUGGCUCAAAAUUGAAUCGCUAAAGGGGAACCCAAAACAUGUUCAUGUUUCUAAUUCUAUUCUCCUCUUCAAUUUAAUAAAUCUCCUUGCAAUUCCCAUGGGGAGUUUUGUCUA